UACAGACAGGCACGUAAAUGUUUAGUAUCUCAACGGACAAUAUAGUUGGAAAUUUUUACCUCACUCAUGUCACACAAAAGGACGAAGACUCUUUAUCGGAUGCUUUUGUAAUUCCAUUCAUUGUCGCUAAGUUUACACCGCUGUGUCAGAGGCAUUAUUCCGGCCCACGUUAUCCACGCGCAAAAGUUUUAUGCAGUCUUGCUCACCUGCUAUUAUUUGUUCAUAUCCUGCAUAAACAGGAAGGAAGAAUGGCACGAUGGAUUAUACCAGCUGGUCUCAUGCUCCUGGCAGUAUUUAUAUUCUGUGAAACAACAGAAGGAAAGAAAGAUAAAAUGGUCUAUUGUUCAGCCUGCAUGGCCAUCGCUGAUGAGAUGAACUACUCAAUCAGCCAAAUUGACCCAAAGAAGACGCUCCACGUCGGAGGUUUCCGAGUCAGUCCCGACGGCAGCUUAAUGGAAAAAAAGAUUCCCCUUGCUAGAUCAGAGACUCAGUUAAGUGAGCUUCUGGAGGACGUUUGUGAAAGAAUGAAUGAUUACGCCAUCUACGAGGACCCGGACACGAAGCAGAGCAGAUACAAGAGGUUUGCGCCAAGAGGCAAUGAUAACCUGAAUUUUCCAGAUUUCAAAAAUUUUAAGUUUGACGGACCUGACGCUUCCAGUGCUUUAAAAUUCGCUUGUGAAAACAUUGUUGAGGAGUAUGAAGAUGACAUCAUCUCUCUGUUCUCAAAAGAAACAAAACAUGUGGCCCAGAAGUUGUGCAAUGAAGUAUCAGGUCACUGUAAAGGCAGCGAGUCACAUGGCGAACUGUAGUCUCACACGAUUCUGUACUGAAGACCAUCAAAAAGCCUUAAUGAUCCUAACCAUAACCUGGGACCAAUCAAAUAAGGACCGAAAAGACGGGUUACCCGAAAAACAUAUUUUUAAUAAUCUGUGAUAUGUAAAUGUAAUAGAG